CUUAUAUGUCCUCUGCAUCCAACUCAAUUGUGCUUUUAAUAUGUAAAUCAUGGUAGAUCUGUGCUUGUUUUGCGUAGUGCACAUCCUCUCUCGAAUGCUCUUUGUCUCUCGCACACAUUGCAAACAAGCAGCUGAUUAAGACGUCCACCUCCGGUUGUAGUGGACUGCACCUUGUUACGUCUACAUUGGAGUGAUGCUUGAUUUUCUGUCGGUCGUUCUUAAGUUGCAUGCUAUAAAACAAACAGAAUGAGAUAUCCGACGUGAUACAUGUCGUAGACCUCUGAGGACGAAACGUGAGUGGAACUGGCAUUCAAUGAUCGCUCUCCGUUUUGGAAACUUCUUGGAGACUUAUCAGAGGGGGGGAGGGGGGUCAUUCAAGAAAUGAUGCGUAGGGCGGCUGAUUUCGAGAUCGACUGAGGCUAUUUUCUCGAAUUGAGAAGUUUUGGUGGUUUUUGAAAGAGAAACCGCGGUGUUGGAGUAAGGUACUCGGCCAGGGAAAGAAGCUUCUGGGAGUUUGUUGAACACUGGGACGCCGCGAGAUGCUCCCUGACUUCAUGCGGUAUCUUGCACCAGAGUGGCCACGGCGUGCGUCUCGGUCCCUAAACUGAUCCCAUCAUAUCUUGUCAACUUCGGAGCCCGUGAUACACACCUGAGCAAACCUGAGUUUUGCAAACGGCCUUUUGUUUGGAAUGGCAUCGAGGCUUUGAAAGCUGAGAGGUAAGAAGCAGUGCUUCUAAUUGUUAGAAAGCGGUGAUCAUGUCUACAAGAGGAUGGGAGAGAAGACCACCCCUUCGCCGGUGGUUCGUCCCGGCUUUAGCAAUUGGAAUUACAGUUCUUCUGAUUUUAACGAUCGCCUCUACUUCACAACUUCGAAAUUUCUUUACAUCGACUCCGUUUCUUUGCGUGAGGGAUGAAUUCAGGACGCGAUGUCCUCAUCUGAAAGAGGAUGAAUCUCUUUGGGAGAAUCCUGUGGUUGCCACCAAAGAUUGGAGAGCUUGCGCAGAGAGAAGGCCACGUGACUAUGACCCUCCACCAGGUUACCAUGGGGGCAAUGGUUAUGUUGGCAUCAUUGCUGAAGGUGGACUGAAUCAGCAGAGGAUAGCUAUAAUCAAUGCUGUUGCAGUGGCACGAAUCAUGAACUGCACUCUGAUCCUUCCUAUCUUCAAGCUGGAUUCAAUUUGGAAAGACCAAAUACAAUUUGCAGAUGUGUUUGAUGUUGAGCACUUCAUUCACUACCUCAAAGAUGAUGUCCACAUAAUCAGGGAGCCUCCAAAUUGGAUCCCUCAUCACAAGGAAUUUUACUCCUCAAUUAGAUUCACCAUCAAGAACAUCCCCAAGUACGCAAGUGCCCAAUUCUACCUACAAAAUGUUCUUCCACAGAUCAAGGAAAAGAAACUCAUGGCUCUCAAGCCCUUUGCCAAUAGACUUGGGUAUGAAAAUGUGCCAGUUGAGAUAAACAAGUUACGAUGCCGUGUGAACUAUCAUGCCCUAAAGUUUCUACCUGAGACUGAAAAAAUGGCUGAUGUCCUUGUGGCACGGAUGCACAAUCGGACAGGCAAACAAACUCCUUUCAUGGCAUUACAUUUGCGGUUUGAGAAAGGAAUGGUGGGAUUAUCCUUUUGUGACUUUGUUGGAACUCGCACAGAAAAGGCUGCACUAAGGGAAUACAGAAAGAAGGAAUGGCCAAGACAAUUCAAGAAUGACACCAUGAUGUGGAAUGAGGCCCUCUGCAAGCGGAAGCAAGGAAAAUGCCCACUAGAACCUGGUGAGGUUGCUCUGAUUCUCAAUGCAAUUGGCUACAAAAAGGAUUCCCAAGUUUAUGUUGCAUCUGGUGCACUCUAUGGAGGAAAUACCCAGAUGCUUCCACUCCAGAGAAUGUUUCCCAACUUGGUCCGAAAAGAGGAUUUAGCCAGCAAGGAGGAGCUUGCUCCCUUUCAGAGGCACAUCACAUCUUUAGCAGCAUUGGAUUUCUUGGUGUGCUUGAAGUCGGAUGUGUUUGUGGUGACUCAUGGUGGCAACUUCGCAAAGCUUGUCAUCGGUGCUCGUAGGUACUACUACGGCCACCGACGGAAAUCCAUCAAGCCCUACAAGGGGGUGAUGGCAUAUGCACUUGGAGAUCCUUUCAUGAGUUGGACAAGUUUUGUCCAUGAGGUUGCCGAGAUGCACAAGACGAGAACCGGGUUGCCCGAGGCAACGAGUCCCAUGUAUGACAUUUGGGAGAAUCCACUCACUCCUUGUAUGUGCCAAUCCUGAAUUGAUGGAUCUCAUCACUGGGGAAUGGUGUGGAGUCUCUAAUCCUGAAAUCAAUAUAUUAAUGUAUGAAAGGUAUAAAGAAUGAAGAUAUGUAAUGUUAUUGCAUAAAGGAUUUACUAAAUUAUAAAUGUUGAAAAGCAUCAAAGCUUUAGAAUAAGAUAGAUGCAGGUUGUGUUCACCUUUAAAUAAGAAAAUCAACUAAUUAAUUAAUUAAAUUUUGGUUAAAUAAAAAUUAAUCCAUGACUAAUUUCUGAUAAUCCUAUGUGGUGAAAGUUUUGUAAAACAAUAUGACUGCUUUCUGAUUUUCAAAAAUGCCUUCUUAGCUUCAGGUGAGUGUAUGGGUUUUUUUUUUUUUUUUUUUUUCAAAAUUUAGAAUUUUGAUCACAAAUUAGAUUAAGGUUUGUAAAAUACAGUUCAUAUGGGAGCACCAAUCAUAUUUAUAAAAAAAGAGAUGAUUUCUUUUAAAUACAUGUGGAUCAUUA